AUGUUAACGUACUCCGUAAUUAUUUUAUUAACUUCUCUGGCGUCCUGCCUGGGAUUGCUGGAAGGACCUAAUGUUUGCACGACGCAAGAAACAUAUACCGUAACAGUGAAAGUAUCCGAAGAGCAACCCUACCAAGUUAGAGAAUACGUGUGGUGCCUCAACUUCCCUCCGAGGUGCUCGAAGUACAAAAUUAAAUUCAGGACCGUGUACAAGGACCAAAACCUGGUCAAAACCCGACCGGUGGAGGACUGCUGCAAGGGUUACACCAAGAACAACUUGGGAACCCGUUGCAUUCCAGUUUGUUCCAGAGAUUGCAUCCACGGAACCUGCGCCGCUCCCGAAACUUGCCAGUGCGAGUCUGGAUAUGGAGGACCUUAUUGUGAUAUUACUUGCCCGAAGGGCCUGUGGGGCCGCGAGUGCCAGCACAAGUGCGAAUGCCAGAACAAUUCGACGUGCGAUCCGUUCAACGGGCACUGCCAUUGUUCCAGGGGCUGGAUAGGCGAGCGCUGCGAGAAAACCUGCGACGCCGGGCACUUCGGGCAAGAUUGCGCGGAGACGUGCCGAUGCGAGCACGGCGAUUGCGAUCACGUGUCCGGAGAGUGCCGGUGCCACGCCGGCUACAUGGGCCCCCUCUGCGACGAUCUCUGUCCCAUCGGCAAGCACGGGCCCGAAUGCAAAUCGGACUGCAGAUGCCAGAACGGCGGCACGUGCGAUCCCGAAAACGGCUUCUGUUACUGCAAGAAAGGCUGGACGGGACCGGUGUGCGCCAAUCGGUGCCCCUUCGGCUACUGGGGCGUCAAUUGCACCCAACAGUGCGACUGCUACAACGGCGCCUCCUGCCAUCACAUCACCGGCGUCUGCGAGUGCCAGCCCGGAUUCACCGGAGACAGGUGCUUGGAUGUCUGUCCUGAGGGAACGUUCGGGAUAAAUUGCACGGAGAAAUGCGACUGUUACAACGGCGCUAAAUGCUCGAAUAAGAACGGAACGUGUAGUUGUUCGAAAGGCUGGAGAGGAUUGAAGUGCCAGAAAAGGAUGUGUCCCGACGGUUAUUUCGGCCCUAAUUGUCAAGAAAUGUGCGAAUGCAAUAAAGAGAAUACGGAAAUGUGCCAUCCAUGGACAGGCGAAUGCGAUUGCAAAGCCGGCUGGAACUCGAACGAUUGCACCAGGCUCUGCCCUAUCCUCACCUACGGCAAAGGCUGCCACAACCUGUGCAAAUGCCAAAACAACGCCCAAUGUUCGCCCGUCAACGGCACCUGCAUUUGCCAGCCCGGUUACAAGGGCGAGCAGUGCGAGAAAACCUGCCCGGAAGGCACUUUCGGCGUGGAUUGCGCUCAGAAAUGCGAUUGUAAAAACGGCGCCAAAUGCUCCACAGAAACCGGCCAGUGUCAAUGCCCGCCGGGCUGGGAAGGCCAGCAGUGCGACCGGCCCUGCAGCAACAACUCAUUCGGCGAUCAUUGCAACAGCAAAUGCCUAUGCAAGAACGGCGCCUCCUGCAACCCCGUAAACGGUAGUUGUACGUGCGGAGCCGGGUUUACCGGCGAAUAUUGCGAAAGCAAAUGCCACCAAGGCUACUUUGGGCUGAACUGCGAACAAGUUUGCCAAUGUCACGACGGACAUCAUAAUGGUUGCGAUCCCGUUACAGGCAAAUGCAUUUGCAAGGGUCAGUGGAAAGGCGUACUAUGCGAAUCGAUGUGCGCCGAAGGCAAAUUCGGCACGGAUUGCGAACAAUCCUGCAACUGCCAAAACAACAGCUCCUGCGACCCCGAAACCGGCAAGUGCGUCUGCUCCAGAGGUUGGCAGGGAAAAGACUGCACGCUUCCCUGCGAUCCGGGAUUCUACGGCAGCGGCUGCAAGCAAAGAUGUCCGGAGGUGUCUCAGGGCAAUAAAACUUGCGAUCACAUCACCGGAGACUACAUAUGCCCUCCUGGUUACACGGGAUUCACCUGCGAGCAUCCGUGUCCGUUCGGAAGUUACGGGAAGAAUUGCGAGAAAACUUGCACUUGCAAAAACGGCGGCGAUUGCCAUCAUGUUACAGGCGAGUGCCAAUGCCUUCCGGGCUGGAUGGGAGCGAAUUGCACCGUACCGUGCCAACCGGGCAGGUUCGGAAUCAAUUGCAGUCAACAUUGCAAAUGCUUGAACGGAGGAGAAUGCAGAAGGAACGACGGAGUGUGCAGAUGCAGGGCUGGAUGGACUGGUACUCAAUGCCAAGAAUUGUGUCCAGAGGGAUAUUACGGAGACCACUGCAUGACUCCGUGCGAAUGCGAAAACGACAAUUUCAUCUGCCAACCGACCGACGGGUGCGUUUGCAAGCACGGUUUCACCGGCGAACACUGCGAGGAAUCCAACAUACUCGGCAGAGUGAGGCAAUUGGACGAUAGCGGUGGAGGUUACGGGGUAAUCGUAGCCGUCAUUAUGGUGUCUAUCAUAUUCAUAGCCAUUGUGGUGCUGUUGGUGUUCUACUACAGGCGGCGCGUGUCCAAUUUAAAAACGGAAAUCGCCCACGUGCAGUACAUAGCUGAUCCUAGUGCAUUUUCACCAGAUCGCAACCACUUCGACAAUCCGGUGUAUUCGUUCCAAACUGGCGGCAAGCUGGAUCUCGAUUACCUGUUGAAUAACAAAACGAAAAUAUUCAAUAACUUCCACAAGCCGUUGAAUCCGAAUUUGGAACGCGCAAGACUCGGAGGCUGUUGUUCCACGGACGAUGAUGAUUCCGCUAAAGGUAUUUACGAUCCACAAUUCGACGAAUUGAAGAGUUUAAAGAAUCGAGAAGCCGACGCAACCAAUCCCAAUAUCUAUCACAGUAUUGAAAAAUUGGAUCACGUCUACGCUGAAAUUAAUCAGAAAGAUCCUAAGGAUAUUGAAAUGGAAUACGACCAUUUAGACUAUACGAGACCUGUGAGCACACUAAAACCCCACUAUCAACGGAUGGCUAGUCCGUUCGGCUCCAGAGACCUCACUAAAGAUGAAUCAAAUGUGACUGAUUAG